AUGGCGCCUCGUCGGGGCCGAGACCCUUCCUCCUCUUCCUCCUCCCGCCCCGCCAGGCCGCCGCUCCCGAUGCCGGUGCCGAUCCCGAUCCCGGCGCCACCCGUCACCCGCCCCGCCCCCGGGGGCAGCGCAGCGGCGCCCUCCUGCGCACGCGCCUGUCCGCGCGCCGGGAGGGGCGGGGAGUCCUCCCGCGCAUGCGGCGUUGCGCGCUGCGGCCGCCGCAGCGGAGCGCGGCGCUGCGGAGGCGUCGCGGCCGGUAGGGGGCGCUGCGGAGCCGGCGGAGCAGCUGUUGGCCGUGUAGGAGAUAAUCCAUGUUUCUCAGCUCUCCAUGCUGGUUCCCCAAUACUGGCCCAAAUGCCAGAGGACAAUACCUUCCUUGAAGUAUCCAAAAUUGGACACAGCUGGGGCAGACAUCUUCAAGGAGAGCUGAAGAAUUGCUAAAUAUUUUUUAGGUGAUAACAUAGGCUAUAAAUUGCAAUAAGGGUUUCCCUUUUUUACAGCAGCAUAACAUUUCUCACUUCUAUUCAUCUUAUGAUCUAUUUAACAUCCAAAUCUGUUUCUGACAUGCAAUUAUUUAGCUUGUUCUUCCUCACCUUAUUUUUCUGCAGUUCAUUAUUCUUGCCUAAGUGUGUGACCUGUUUGUUUUGACUGAGUUGCAUCCUCUUAACGCCUCUUGAUGUUGUUCUACAAUAUAUACCUGUUAUGUUUGAUUGGCAAAAAUACCUACCCACAGUAACUGUGAAUAAAUCAACGUUUGUUUAUUCAAAAAGAAGUUGCUCUCUUAUCUAGAGAAAUCUAACAAAUAAAAUUUUCACAUCUUUUCUAUUGAAUCAGAUUAUCCUUUUUUGUCUAGAUUAUUUUUCGAAGAGGAGAAUACCCUGCUGCCUCAUUUAAAAAAAUAGAGAAUUUAGAAGUCAUUAUUUGAAAAUAAAGAUUAAAGCAAUGUAGAUUUUGGCAUUGUAGUCUCACAGAAGGAGGAUGUGAAGCAUUCUCAGUUAUGAUAUCCAUAUUUGUACCUAGUACCAUGCCAGGCUAUGAAUAGAUAUUAUAGGAAUCCUGUUCAUGUGCUCUGUGAA